AUGCGUUACUCUAUUGUUGCUUCGUUGCUUUCGGCUGUUACCGCAGUCUACGGCUAUGCCGACCCCAUGGCUUGCUCUGGUAUCUGCAACAAUGCUCACGAUCCAGCCCUAAUCCGUCGCUCUGAUGGCACCUACUUCCGUUUCUCGACUGGUGGAAAGAUUGCUAUCCACAGCGCACCUUCGAUCACUGGCCCCUGGACCUACAAGGGUGCCGCGAUUCCGGCUGGUUCCAAGAUCAACUUGGCUGGCAAGGACGAUCUUUGGGCUCCUGACGUUACGCUAGUCGGUGACACAUACUACCUUUACUACACUGUCUCCUCUUUCGGUGUCCAAAACUCUGCCAUCGGUGUUGCGACCAGCAAGGACCUCAGCACUUGGACCGAUCUCGGCGCAACUGGCAUCCAAUCGAGCGCUGGAAAGAACUACAACGCCAUCGAUGGUGCACUUUACUGGGACGGAUCGAAGUUCGUCAUGUCCUUCGGUUCGUUCUGGAACGACCUCUUCAGCCAGAACAUGGCCAACCCACCCGUGAAGACCAGCUCUUCCACAGUUACAAACAUUGCUUUCAAGCCUGACGGCGAGCAUGCUCAGGAAGCUCCGUUCAUUGCUAAGAACGGCAACUACCACUACCUCUUCUUCUCUGUUGGCAAGUGCUGCGGUUUCGAUACCAACAGGCCUGCCAAGGGCCAGGAAUACAAGAUUCAGGUCUGCAGGUCUACCAGCGCCACAGGUGGCUUCAAGGACAAGAGUGGUAAGGACUGCCUUCAGGGUGGCGGUACCACUGUCUUGGAGUCUCACGGCUGGGUUUACGGACCUGGUGGUCAGGGUGUCUACUACGACCCCAAGGAGGGACCUGUCCUAUACUACCACUACGUCGACACCCGCAUUGGUUACGGCGAUGGCCAGAAGAAGUUCGGUAUCAACAAGAUUGACUUCUCCAGUGGAUGGCCUGUCGUUGCUCUGCGCGGCCUCGGCAAAACCUAUCGCGAUGCGUUCAAGUACCAUAACUCGGCCUAUUUCAUACCAAGAAACCCGCACGCGCUUUACGAGGAGCGCGUCGCGAUGCCAGACACCAAACUCACGCGCUUCUCACCAUCCCAAAAUUCCAACAGCUUCCGAUAUCGGCCGCUGGACCCCUCAGAGGGUGAAGAUAUUCGCCUCUUGUGUCUCUACCCUGGCGAAUUCCACGAACCUAUCCGAUGCGACCUUCUCCACGCGAACCUGGACGAUGACAUCGAAUACGAGGCUCUCUCGUAUACCUGGGCCUCCGAAGAUGGGGACGCUAGCUUAUCGCAGCGGAUCAACUGCGCUUACUUUGGAGAGGAACAAGUCUCUGAUCUGCCAGUAACAUCAAGCUGUGCGUCUGCAUUGCGCAGGCUGAGGUUGAUUUCACAAGAAAGAAUGUUGUGGGUCGAUGCACUUGCUAUCGAUCAGAGUAAUCUGCAAGAGAGGAACCAGCAGGUUGCGAUUAUGGCAAGGAUCUACUCGGGCGCGUCACAGGUUUUGGUCUACCUAGGAGAAGAAGAUUUAGGAUUCGGCUCGCGCACUCUGUGGAUGGACACCGAGAGACGUCAGAUCGCGUUGAAGAAACUUUUCGCAAAGAGAUGGGCCUCACGAGUGUGGGUGAUUCAAGAAGUAGCACUGGCGCAAAAGUUAACGAUGGUCACGGGGAAUGCAUCCUGUCCUAUGGACGCCAAUCUGAUGAGCCGUAUCCGAGGAAGAGCCAAAAUAUCCAGACUGCAAGUCCCUGGCCCAUUAGCUUGGGAUCCGCUAGUCAGUGCUCCGACGAGGGAUCUACUCACGAUGUUACAAAUGACACACAACUGCUCGUCUACAGAUCCUAGAGAUAAAGUGUAUGGUCUUUUGGGCUUGGUUGGCGAGCGUCUGCAGAGCCUCAUUGAGAUCGAUUACUCGCAAACCGUGGAGGAGGUGAUGACACAUGCAGCCGCCGCGAUCAUCAUCUGUAGAGAAGACUUUGAGAUCUUAGCAUACGCGUCACUCAGAGCUAGACCCGCGCACAAGUGCUUGCCGACUUGGGUGCCGGACUGGGCAGAAUACGAUGGCGAAAUUACGCUGCGUCCUCAAUUCCAAACAUCGAAGAUAGGUCCCUGGAGAUCUCUAGAGAAAUUGAUGGGGAGCAGGUCAUCGACUCGUCGGCUCAGCGAGAUAGAUUGGGGAGCAGCGGUCGAUAUACCUGCAAGCUGGCCAACUAGCCUCUCUUCGAAGCCGUCCUUGGAAGUUCGUGGACACUGCCUCGCGACUAUCGACAGCACAACCAAGCAAGAUAAUGGGAGUUCGCAAUGGCAAGACGCCCAGGAUUUUGGUGUCAGCUUGAAGGUUUUAAUCGAAGAUCACUCGACGCUUAAAGAUUUCGAUAUGCAGCUAUGGCCUACACGAUUCCAGUGGCUCUUCAACCCCUUUUACAUGCGCCUCGAUGACUCGCAACUUCAGCCAGAUAGUAUCUCGGCUAUGAGGAGUUUUUCAAAUCUCCAUUGGGCUGGUCUCCAACAGUUUUGCACUGAGCUUCAAACACUGGGGAAGAACAAAUACAUCUUUCGAGCUGAAUAUCUACCUGCGAUAACGAACCACGACUUCGAUGUAGGCGACACUCUAUCCAUCACGAUGACCGAAUCGUUAUGCAAGCAUCCGGAUAUACGCAAGUUCGACGCGAUAAGGAGCUGCCUCAGUUGUGGUGAGGCUGUGUUCGAAACCUCAUCUCCGACAGCCCACAUUCACAAGAGUGAUGCGACAGCUUCUUAUCAAUACACAAAGCUGAAGUACAAACUCGGCCGCGAAAUACGACUCGUCCUCGUUCUUCCGGGCAGCGAUCAAGAUGCACUCCGGUGCCAGAUAAUCCAUGUUAAUCUGGACGAUGACCCUGUUUACGAUGCUGUAUCAUAUACGUGGGCCACAGAGGGUGGGGACGCGUCUCAUUGCAUGACUGUUCAGUGUGAAGCAGGUGGUUUCAUACCUGUCACUGCAAACUGCUAUGCUGUUCUCCUUCAGCUUAGGCGGUCUGGCGGUAUACGAAGGCUCUGGAUUGAUGCAAUAUGUACGUAUUGA